AUGUACUUCGUUAUUAUCGUCCUCUUGGAGACCCUUGCAGCCUCUGUAGCCGCACAUCCCAUUGUAGUCUCCCCCGAUCUCUCCUACGACUCGGCGCCAUCAUUCAGAAAUGGCAUGCACACGAACAAUAUCAAAAUCAAAGUAGGGGAAGAAGUCACAGAUCAGCCAGACCUUCAAAUUAGGGAUGAGGCUGUGGUUGAUGCCCUCGGCUUAGACCCCGAAGAUGCUGGGAUGUCCAAUCAACACUAUGACAAGGAGAUCGCUCACGUCUCUCCCAAUAAUGAUUUCUCAAUCGUCCCAAGAGCAAAUAAGAAGCCGACGAAAGCUGAAGUAAAGGCCGACGACAAGAAGUUUCAUAGAGAUCAACUACGGCCAGACGACGCAAAAUACAUCAACAACCUUGACAAAGCCAAUGCCAAUAAAUGUGGUAGAAAUUGCCAGAACUCCUUAGACUCUCACCGCUCCCAACAGAGCAAGGAGCUAAAAGAAAAGCAGCGGAACGCGCCAAAUCUCCCAGGCUCAAGGGCAUCAAGAGGCGAAGUCAAUAGUAAAGAGGAUGACUAUCAGCACGAUUUGAAUCACCUGCGUCAGGACAGAGGCGACAUAGGUCAAAACGGCAAGAAUUCCCUCAGCUCAUGGCAUUCAGUCGAAUCCGCCAAUUCGAAGGCAUCUAAGGCCUCGAAGGCUUCGAAAGGAGGCAAUCAUCAUGGCUGA